AUGUCUCCAGAGUAUGCCAUUGACGGAGUUUUCUCAAUGAAAUCGGAUGUCUUUAGCUAUGGUGUUUUGGUGCUUGAGACUGUUAGCGGGAAGAGAAACAGAGGGUUUCAUCAUCCGGACCACUGUCAUAAUCUUGUGGGACAUGCUUGGAGACUCUUUACAGAAGACAGAUCCAUAGAACUGCUUGAUGAGUUGGUUGAGUCGUAUAAUACUGCCGCAGUCUUAAGGUCUAUACAUGUUGCUCUAUUGUGCGUGCAGCAAUUUCCUGAGGAUAGGCCGAGCAUCUCUGCGGUGAUUCUGAUGCUGGGAAGUGACAAUGAAUUGCCUCUUCCAAAGGAGCCAGGUUUUUUCAAUGAAAGGAAGCUGGUUCAAGAACACACUUGUAGCCAUCUAUUAAAUUCUCCAAAUGAAAUCACCAUGACAUUGUCGUCUCCUCGAUAA